AUGUCAAGGUCGUUCCUGGGGGCGUCGUACGAGCAGACGAAGCAGCGUUUUCUCCGUGGGGCUAUAGACCAGUACAUUGAGGAGCACGUGCGCAAAUGCUCGCCGGGCGACUGCGCCGCUUUCUCGAAGAUUGCCGUCCUCGCUGGCCUGGCCACUGGAACAGGCGCCCGCGGAAGGGAGCUGCGGCGCGAGCACUCGGAUGCCGCCUCGGACAACAACGACGCUGCCGCCAACAACGACCCUCUUGCGAAGGAGGAGGCAAUGCUGAAGUACAAGAAGUUCAUGGCCCAGUUCAGCAGGGAGGAAUGUACACUCACGACAUGGGUGAAUUCUGUCAAGGGUUUCGAGAGCAGCGCUGCCAACGCGCAGUUCAAAUGGAACCAUACCAACAACGAGAACAUGCGCCUGGCAAUCUCGCAGAUGUUCGACCAGGUGUUUCCUGUGCAGGAGGCCCCAAACAUCGAGAAAGGGGACAACAAAGCGCGCGCAGCGCAUCGCAGCGCCGAAGACUACUAUGGCACAACUGGCAGCACUCUGAAAGUCCACUUGUUGAAUGGUACUUACUGCGGGGCUGUCAGUGAGGACCUAUUUGGGAUGCUCCCGCGCCACGUCAGUGCCACAGUGAACCGCGAACCGGAGAGCACGGUGUAUGUUAUCCUCAGUUUCCUGCGGGGCUACGGCAUCUCCACAGAGCGCCAUGCCCCGCGCCUCACGAUGCAGAAGGUCAUCAAGAGCCACACCGAGGACCCAGACUUGAACCUCGAAGUGAACACUUUCACGCUGUGCUUCGAGAAGCGCCCUACAGGUGGCUGGGCAGGGGGCCCGAUGAGGCUCGAGGGCGCAAUCUGUUUCAGCGCAGACAGAACGAAGACGAUGGACUUCGCUUGUCGUUUUUCGAAAUCAGCCCUCUACCGCAAUGAGAUGACUGGUGCCCUCUGCAAGGCACACCCCAGGUCGUCCUAUGUGUGCCCCACCAACCCUGCAGUGCAAGGCUACCACUUCCCGGACACCUCGUUGGAGAAAAUGGACAAGCAGCGGUACACAGGCCCGGGCAUGUACUGGCCGCUUGUGUUGUCUCUCCUAUCUGGGCUGGGGCUAAAGAGUAAGGACCUGGUCCAUUUCAGGGAGGAGGUCGCAUACGAUGGUACUUUGGCGAGCACGCUUCUGGAGAUGAUGGCAGCGCCGCCAGAGCAGUUCGUAGUGCCUAAAUUCUCAUGCAGCAUGUUGCUGUGGAUGGGUUCCGCAUCAUCAAUUCGCAACAAGUUGGUGUACUUGGACAAGACCCUUACAAAUUUCGUCAAAUCGCUCAUCAAGAAAGGAUUCCGGGUGAAAUCCCAGGCUGACAAGUGGUUGGAUCACUUCAACGCCCGCCACAACCCGAGUGGCAGCUUUUGGGUGGACAGCAAGAAGCGCCCAGCUGAUUUCGCUGCUGAAGGCGACGAAGCGGUCACCCUGCCGAAACUGUCUCCAGAGGACCCAGAGACCAUAGAGGAGCUCGAGAAGGGAGCAGCAGGCCAGGGCUUGAAGAAAGGGCUAAGCACCCUCCAGACUGGCUUGCUUGUGGCGAAGACGAUGGAGGGCGCCGUCUACCUCUACGCAGAAGAUGCAGACAUGGUCGCCCGGAAGGACAUCCCUUUGUAUGGUUGGGGGCCAGGGAAAUGGCCUGUGGAUAAAGAGCUGAAAGCAGCGGAGGACAAGACUGCUUCCGCCCCAACCCUCGUCCCGUUCAUGUGCAACGAUACUCAAGAGGAGAUCCGCUUCUAUGGAAAGCCGCCAUUCACAGACGCUGCGUUUUCGAGCUCCCCGCAGCCAUUGCGUCAGUUUUUGCAGUACUUGGAAAAGACGCACAAUGUGACAGAGCAUACGUUGGUGAACCACACGGUGGAGAGGACCGACGGUGGGGCUAAUAGCAACCCAGACUACAUUGUCAAGCAGGUUUUGCCAUGUAAGUUUCUACCAUCUAGCAAGGACGACAAGAACUGGUGCGUUGCUGUCACGUAUGCUAAGACCGCCGCGUCUGAGCGGGUGCGUGUGAUGGUUGACAUCGAGUGCCAG